AAAAUAUUUUAGGAUCCAGCUCAGUCUUCUGGUUUUCAUCCUUCAGGGUCUGUGGUUGCAGUUGGAACACUGACCGGGAGGUGGUUCGUGUUUGACACAGAAACAAAAGACUUGGUCACCGUGCACACAGAUGGGAACGAGCAGCUGUCCGUCAUGCGGUACUCACCAGACGGGAAUUUCUUAGCAAUAGGCUCCCAUGACAACUGUAUCUAUAUCUACGGAGUCAGUGACAAUGGGCGGAAGUACACACGAGUCGGCAAAUGCUCGGGUCAUUCCAGCUUCAUUACUCACCUGGACUGGUCUGUAAACUCACAGUUCCUCGUGUCAAAUUCUGGAGACUACGAAAUCCUUUACUGGGUUCCCUCCGCAUGCAAGCAAGUCGUCAGUGUGGAAACUACAAGAGACAUCGAGUGGGCUACAUACACCUGCACUUUGGGAUUCCACGUCUUUGGAGUGUGGCCCGAAGGCUCGGACGGGACCGACAUCAAUGCCGUCUGUCGGGCCCACGAGAAGAAAGUCCUGUCGACGGGCGAUGACUUCGGCAAAGUGCACCUCUUCUCUUACCCUUGUUCGCAGUUCAGGGCCCCCAGCCACGUGUACAGUGGGCACAGCAGUCACGUCACCAACGUAGACUUCCUCUGUGAUGACAGCCACCUCAUCUCCACGGGCGGCAAAGACACCAGCAUCAUGCAGUGGCGGGUCAUUUAGUGCCGGCGGGGACCCGGGAGCAGCGCAGGCCCCGAGGCACAGACUCGGUUACUCGGUCACUGUGAUUUCUGUUUUGUUUGAAAAGUUCUCACAAACCUCAGGAAAACCACUCCCUGUACCGGUUACCUUAGCGUAGUGGAUCAGUGAGCGCCACGUCGGAUCAGCAGUUCAGGUUUCUCUGUUGUACAAUAUAUAAAACACAUGUAAUGUAAAAAAAAAAAAAAGCCAAGGUUUACAGCACGGCGACAUCAACAGGUUAACUGGUAUAUCCUUCCUACCUUUUCUAUGAACUCUUCGAAACGGUCACAGAAUGCCUUCAGAUACUGUAUGUAGGCUUGACUCGCUCACCAUGGAGCCUGCGAGGCCGGGAUUUAUGAGAAUGAGGUACUGAAUCACGAUCACUGUUGCUUAAUUGGUCCUAAAGGGACACACGGAUUGAGUAGAGGGAAGAACCGACUGCACAGCUGAGUCAGGAAAUGCAGCUAUGACUUUCUUUGGUUCCAUUGUCUACGGUUCCAUUCAGUUCUCCCUCUGGGAGGCGGGUGGGAAGGGGGUUGAUUAACGGUUCAGCCGGGGAUACAGGCAUUUCAGAGUUGCAGCUAGACUGCCCGCCGACCCCAACGCAGUCAGCCCUGACACCCUCGUGAAUGGCGCCCCCUGUGGUCCCCGUCCACCUGCCCCGUCAGUGGAGACAUUUGGCCACCUUCCUCUGUAUAUUAAUUGGCAUGAUAUGGUAUUGUACUUGUAUAGGAUUUUAGGGAUUCAAAAUAAAUACGUAAGGCUAGGCUUUACUAUUUUAUGCUUAUGGACAUUGUAUAUUUGUAUUUUAAGACCAAGUAGACCAAGUCAAAAAGAUACCACAAACCUCCAGCAGGGAGUCUGGGAGGCUCCGCCAGGUACGCAAGGCAGCUUCUUUCCUGUCUUCUGUGCCCGGCCGGCUCGCUUGGCGAUGAAAUGAGAUUGCGUUCUGAUGAGUAAAACGUAGGCGGCGUCCAUUUGUCAAGAAGGCCUUAUCCAUUUCGAUUGUGAGGUAGACUGAAAUGUAUUGUUUACAUUGAGGAAUGUAUCUCAGAUUUUAAAAUAGAAGAGUAAUAAGCAGACUUUAAAAACAAAUAUUAAGGUUUUUACUUGUUCUAGGCAAGUAAAUGUUGAGCUGUCUGGACUCAGCCCUGGCUGUCCUGCCAGCCGAUUGGUCACGACACUGCGAAGUGUUGUGAUGACAGACAGCUCCCGGCUGCUGCGGACAGGGCGCCAGUGAACAUGUGUUAAAGGUGAAUCUGUUUGUAUGUAUCCUUAUCAAAUAUAUUCUGUAAUGAAAUAAAAUCUGAAAAGUGGAUUUCUUAUUGACCUAUAAUCAUGAAAGUAUAUAAAUUAAAAUAUUUAAAAUUA